AAGAAAGCCUGGUAUUAUGACUUUUUCUAGUUGACAUGGAUGAUGAAGAUGGGAGGUGCUUGCUAGAUGUAAUUUGUGACCCACAAGCUCUCAAUGAUUUUCUUCAUGGAUCAGAGACACAGGGACAUGUUCCUGAAGUCCAGCCACCAGCUCAACUGUCUACGAGUGAGCCAUCUGGGUUGCCUAGAGUCAGUGUUGAUUUGGACUUUCUAGAGGACGAUGACAUUCUUGGAGGCUCACCAGGUGGAGGAGACAGCGAACGUAAUGGUGUUGGAUCAAAUCAUGAACCAUGUGAUAUUCUCCAGCAGAGUUUGGCAGAAGCCAAUAUUACAGAGCAAAGUCUUCAGGAAGCAGAGGCUGAGCUUGACCUCAGCUCAUUUGGGCUUACUAGUCUUACGCAGGUGGUCCAGCCACUGCCCGAUGCUAGCUUGCCUGGGGUGAGCAUUGGAGGAAAUGCUCCUGUCUUUUCUGGCCAGGGCACCACUACAACACCUUCCAGUGCAACCACAGAUAUGCUUAGCUCUGUUCUGACUCACCCAGGCUUGCAACUUCAAUCUCAAGUCAUGAACAAGGCUAUCAAUGUCCAGCCAUUCAUGCAGCAAGUUGGACUUGGAAAUGUUACUCUUCAACCUAUUUCAGGCCUUCAGACCAUACAGAAUGGAAGUCAGUCUAGUCAUUUGGGCAUUGGGCAGAUACAAGUUGUGGGUCAACCCACUGUAAUGACUAUUAACCCAUCUGGGCAGCAGAUCCUUACUAAAACCAUGGGUGGCUAUCAGCUGCACCAGCCUGGGCUUGAUGCUGCAAGUUCUGGAACACAGGCUGGUCUUGGGGGUUCUGUGCUUAGCUCUGGAGGAGGACUGUUAAUUCAAGGAGGCAAGACCACUCUGAAUGGCCCAGCUGUCUCUGUAAGCAGCACCAGUGCCAACAGCAGUGUAACUACAAUGGCUGCACCCAGUGGUAUAGUGGGAUUUACUCGCGCCCCACUGAGUACAGGAAUUGCAUCUCAACCUCAGCCUCAAAGCCAAAUCAUGCAGAAUGUUGUUAUACAGCGAACACCAACUCCAAUACAGCCAAAACCUCCCCAAGGCGGCACCAUCCAACCUAAAAUCUUUAAGCAACAACAGCAGCAACUGCCAGCUUCACAUCCUUUGCAGAGUGAUGCAAAUAAAGCUCUUGGGGUGCAGCAAGUCCCUGCUGCUGCAGCUCAGAAUGUAGCCUUUCUCACUGGCAAGCCAAGUUCAAAUGUAGUAUUAAGCGCUCAGACCACCACACAGGGGGCACAAUUUCCCCAAACUUUGUUUAAACCGCAUGUCACACCUACACCAGGGAAGCCUCUUAGUGUUCACUUACUCAAUCAACAAGGCAGCAUUGUCAUUCCUUCUCAGGCUGUUUUACAGGGUCAGAACCAUCAGUUCCUCCUGCCCCAGCUUCAGACUGGAGGUCAAAUCCUAACUCAGCAACCUGGUGGUCACAUAAUUGCCAGUUCUGGACCAGGACAGAUUAUUGCUGCUAAUCAAAUCUUGACAACCAAUCAGAAUAUAAAUCUUGGGCAAGUGUUGGCCUCACAAGGCCAUCAUGCUGCGGCUCACAUUGUCUCUGGUUCUAUACAGCUUCAACAUGGUCAGAUGGGCCACCCAACACUAUUCCAGAUGCCUGUCUCCCUAGCCCAGUCACAGAAUCAAAGUUCCCCAGUGACAGGACAUGUACAAACGGUUAUACAAGGCAUGCCGAUACAGAAUUCUCUGUCAAUAGAAAGCCUGAGUCCAGCCGUCAGUUUGCAGCCAACCCUUCAGCCACAGGCUGGUGGAAUACCUGGAAACAACAGCUCUGGAGUAGCAGCUAUGGCACAGUGCCAACCUGGAGAAAACAUGACUGUAUUGGGUAGCUCCACUGAACAAGCCGCCCAAUCCCAAACCAUGUCCCAAUCCUCUAUUCUUACUGUCCAGACAAGUCCUUCCAUUUCAGCUGGCAUUUCAGUUUCCUCCUCCACACCUCCAAUCUCCACAGUGACUACAACUACACCAUCAGUGAGCACAGUGGGUUUGGCAACUCAGGUCCAGCAAAGCCCAGGAAAGGUGUUGUUCACUCACCAUGGUUCCAGCAUUAUUUUGAGCCCGGAAUCAGUACAGAUGUUUCUGCAGCAGGUUUCGUCAUCAGGUCAUCAGCAAGCUCAAAAGAUCCAAAGCCCCUCGCCCUCUCAGCCUAUGGCAACUCGCAGUGCAACGCCAACUCUGUCAGACAGCCCACAGCCCUCACAGGCUUCUCCCCUCAUGUUGGGUCAUCAGAUUCAAUCACCUCAUCAUCCUCAGUCCAGACCUCCUUCUCAGCCCCAAGCUCAACCACCAUCCCAGCCCCAGGCAUCUUCUCGUGCAUGCACACCUUCCUCUAUACCUCCGCUCUUUAUCAUACACAAUCAAUUAGGAGGAUCCCCACAACCACCCCAGUCGACUGCCCAAACUCUGCAAACACAGAUUACACAGGUUCUUCCUCAACCUGUGACCCUUCAACAAGAGCAGCCACGCUCCUCCUCCUCUCCAAAGCCCCAACAGCCACCUCCUACACAGUUCCAUUUUGCAACACCUACUGUAAGUGCAGCUGCCGUUGUAAAACAUCAGGGGCCAGGCUUGACAAGUGAACAGCAGCACCAGUUACAGCUGAUCAGUGCACAACUACAGACCAUGUCAGCCAUUGCUCAACCAUCACAACAGCAGAAGCAGCUACUGGAAAAGCUUAACCAGGUUCAGCAAAACAUUUUACUCCAAUCCAAAGACGUUCAGGCUCAACCUCCGGCCAUAAGUCACUACAGCAAACUGUCUGAGCAGCCUAUAGCACAAGUGGUGACAUCAGCCAGUACCACAGUCCCUUCACUGCUGCAACAGAAGUCUGUUCUGGUCAAGUCAUCAGCCACAAGUUCAAACGAGACACAGGUAUUUUCUGCUACAUUAGGUCCAAGUGAAGUAACAGUUAACCAGGUGAAAACAACUCCAAACCUUGCUCAAGCUGUCCAGGCAAAUCCUGGAGUUGUCAGUUCAGUUGGAGGGCUGACAAUGAGUAAACAAGGACUACAAAUUCCGGUUCUAGGCAGUAGACUUUCACAGAUGCCUCCCCUGCAGCCUCCGACUCCUCUUAAAAACCAGAGUACGACUUUAAAAAGGCCUUUCAUAAUGGAGCCAAGCAAAGAAGCACGGAUGUUAGAACAGUUGAGGAAGCUUCAAGGUUCUGUACUGCAUCCGGACUAUAGCUCACCUUUUUGCUCCUUUGAGGACACACUCUGUCGGUUAUUACCUUACCAUCUGUAUCAAGGAGUGGCUCCCUCUCCUCAAGACUACCACAAAGUGGAUGAUGAGUUUCAAAACAUCUCAAGUCAACUCUUAAAGCGCACUCAAGCUAUGCUUGACAAGUAUCGCCACCUGCUUUUUGAAGAAUCGAGGAGGCUGGGACCCUCUGCGGAGAUGGUGAUGAUUGACAGGAUGUUCAUCCAGGAAGAAAAGGUUGUGCUAAACCAAGAUAGGAUACUAGCAAAAGAGAAGCCAGAAGAGUUUGUUGCCAACUCAUGUCUGCUGAACAGGGCUGUGGACAGUGGAGUAAGGCCUGCAGCAGUAGAACCGACCCCAGUCAGAACUACAAUGGCGCCGACCCAUAUACAUACCACCUCAGCUCCUGCCACAGUUACAGCUGCUUCCACCUCUACCCCAGCUCCAGCUCCCUUUCCUCCCACCAAACUAGUGAUAAAGCAAGGAGGCGGGGGAGCAUUGGUAUCCUGGUCUACCAGCAGCACCUCCACACCUGCAGUGACAAGGCCCUGUAAGAACUCUGAGCGCUGUUCUAGCCAGACGCCGUCCUCUACUCAUUCAGCAGAUGAUGACGAUGCGCUUCCUCAACGGACCAGCAAGCCUCCUAUCAAGACCUAUGAGGCACGCCAGCGAAUUGGUUUAAAGUUAAAAAUCAAACAGGAGGCCGGGUUUAGCAAAGUGGUUCACAACACAGCUUUAGACCCGGUCCAUUUGCAGGCUCAAAACACUCUAUCACAGACCCCCGAGGCUUCCCCUAAAAGCAGACCGACUGAAAGUCAGUCAGUUACAGUCAUUAGAACUUCAUCCCCAACAUGUAACUCCAUAUCCGCCAACACGUACAGUGCAGUAACCACACAGGCAAACUUCACCUCCAGUGGGUCAAGUUCCUCCACUGUGCCUCAUUCCUCGUCCUCUCUUUCCUGGUCUUCAUUUUCCUCUUCCUGUACCUCUUCUGCCCAGAUGAACGGCUCACUGGAGCACUUCGAAGUGUCUGGGGCUAAACUGAAUUCUACCUCCACCGUGACACCUCAGACGACCACCUGUCGUCUUCCACUUCGGAAGACCUACCGUGAAAACAUCAGCCCUUGUCACAGACCAGGUGUUCCAGGAGGUGGUGACCUAGUGUCUAUUCCACCAAUGUCAUCCCCUGAGCCUCCUGCAGCAUCCUCACCCAAACCAGAAAGAACAGUAAUUGCCAGUGUAAAACUGGAGCAGCAGGAUUGCUCAAAGCCCACUCAUACCUACACAGACCCUGAAGCAACUACAGAAGACAGAUUUUGCUACGGAAUUAAAAAUGUCCAUCACCACCAACAGCAGCAGCAGUCCUCUGAUAAAGAGGAUGGGGAGGAUGGAAACAGUGGGGACCAUGUGCAUAGGGUCAUGUGGCAAACAAGUAAAAACCAAGAACGGGCAAUGGGAAUGUUUUGUAUGGACCAGCAUGCACCAGGCCCCCCAUCUCCAGGAGAAACAUCCUGGACAAGAGACUCAUCACUCCCUGCAAAACGAUGUAAAUCGGAUUCCCCAGACAUGGACAAUGCUAGCUUUUCAAGCGGUAGCCCCCCUUUGGACAACUCGCUAAACGAACACUUGCAAUCUGCCAUAGACAGCAUACUGAACCUGCAGCAGGCCCUGCCGAGCCGUGGAGCUGUGGGCAAAGUCAGUGCUGGAAACCCACCCAACCGGCACCAAACACACCAUCGGCAGAGCACACAAUCUUCAUCAACAACAUACAGACACACUAUCACUCCCAACUUGUCUUCAUCUUCGUCCUCUAUAUCGCAGCAACCACAGUUAGGAGGGCGAGGGCAAAAUGGAAGCCUGGUAUCUCAGACACACAGCAGAUAACAGGCCCUUUAGUCCAGAGAUUGUGAAAGGUGUCAGAAUAAGACUAUGGGGUGGGGGAGAGUUGUAAAAUGGAGAAGAGAAUCACUUUCUUUAGCUGUGUUUGCUUUGUUUGUCCAUGGAUAAGGACUAAGAAAGCUGGUGGCGCGGCAGUCUAUUGCGCUAGCCCACUUGUUGAGAUCCGGGUUUAAAUCUCAGCAGUCUCUAAGGGCUGGGCCUUGCGAUGAAUUUGUGCCCUGUCCAGGGUAAUCCUGCCUUGUGCCCAGUGUUCCCCGGUGAAACCAGAUUUGCCGAAACCCUGACAAGUACAAAGCGGUUAAAGAAUAUGUAAAAAAUGGAUGGGGACCAAAUCAUAAUAUUCUUCUGAUUUACAGAUAGCCUUAAUAUGUACUUUCAAAGCAAAGAAGUGCAUUUUUCACAAUCUUUUUUUGAGUUGCUUCAGGUCAGUUCUUAAGUUCAUCGUUGGCAGGGUUUAAUUCAGAUAAUCUUUACAGUUCCCUAAUCUGUCAGUUUGAUCUGAAUAAUUUACCUUCUCACUGUAAGAUUGUGUCUUUACAGUUUAUUUUUAGUUAGAUGUGAUCACAUUAGUUAAGACUUAUGCAGUAAGUCUAAUUGAUUUUGGAGUACGGUCCUUAUCUGGUCGCGGUUUAGUUAUCCCUCUUGCACAACAUCAUGUCGUACAAUUAUGUAUACACUGUACAAGUAUUGAUGGUUUGUUGUAAAAAUUACAUUUCAGAGACUAUUGAGAGCGAUUUCUCAUAGAAAUUUUUGAAAUUGUGCAUUUUUGGCUUUUAGCAAAUUGCUUUUACUGUAAAUGCAGUGAAUCUGAAAUCAUUGGAAUCGCUGUUUACAGAAUAUUUUAAAAUCAAAACCUAGUCACAGAUUAUUUUUUUGCUAUGCACACAUUUCUUUCCAGUCCACCAAACACUGCAGCUGAAAAGUUCUUUUUUACCCCUUUGGUUACAUUUUGCUUUACUUUGAUUCAGUGGUUUUGUUAAGCUUAAUCAAGCAGAUCAGGUGUGUAACGUUAUUGUUGACUAGUGACUUCAACAGUAGUAAAGAGGGCAGGAAGUAAACUUUCUAUUUUUGUUUGCUUUAAUGGUUCAUAGUCCUAGUCCUGAAAUAAGCUCAAAUCACCGUUUCUGUUAACACAUCUGUCCUAAGUCAAAAGAGACAUAAAUCUUCAAAAAGGGGGUUACACAAGGGAAGUACAAUAAAUGUGCGAUGGGAUUCAAUAGAUUGUGAUAAACUACACCUGUUAGCCAGUAUUUUCUGUCUGUGUUUGUGAUAUAUCAUAAACAUUUAAAAGGGUCCUGCAGUUACACCCCACUAAUUUAUUUAUGUACGUUUUGUACACAGUGUAGAGUUAUUCAAGGCCAUUUGGACAAUUCCAAUGCAAACACAGCUUAAGGGGUGAUGAGGAAAAAACAAUAAUGUAAAGAAAAAUAGAUCUAAAAAUUCGAAGUAUAGUACAACAAAUUAAUUUUGUAUUGUAUUUAUUGUGUAUAAUGACACUUUUUAAAAAAGUUAACUGUACAUUUAGUAAACUGUAAAUUAAACUUUGCUUUUAUAAAAGAAUCA